AACCGGAAGUACUUGUUAUGUCAAAGGUCAAACACGCUGGUUCCGCGCGGUAGAGUCUGUUUCUCUCAAAAAUGAAUGAAGUUCCAUCGAAAUUAAACCUCUAACGUCGAGUUUAUGCUAAUAUCGUUCUUACACGAAACCACGACGUCCCAAAGCAUAAUAUUUGCACAACGAUCCAAGAACAGCACUUAGGAAAGGGACAAAGAUGGCUGGGAUUUUGUUUGAAGAUAUUUUCGAUGUGAAAGACAUCGAUCCCGAUGGCAAGAAGUUUGACAGAGUGUCUCGUCUCCAUUGUGAAAGUGAAUCUUUCAAGAUGGACCUAAUCUUGGACGUCAAUACUCAGAUUUAUCCUGUAGAUCUAGGGGACAAGUUCCGACUGGUGAUUGCCAGUACAUUAUAUGAAGAUGGGACCCCAGAUGAUGGAGAGUACAAUCCCCAGGAUGAUCGACCAUCCAGGGCAGCUCAGUUUGACUAUGUAAUGUAUGGAAAGGUCUACAAGAUAGAAGGCGAUGAAACAUCCACAGAAGCAGCCACACGUCUUUCAGCCUAUGUGUCUUAUGGAGGCCUUCUCAUGAGGCUGCAGGGAGACGCCAACAAUCUUCACGGCUUUGAGGUGGACUCCAGAGUGUAUCUCCUCAUGAAGAAGCUGGCCUUUUGAAUUCCAACUCCCUGGUUUCUACCACCUUUGUAUACUGGGAUCCAGAAAGGCUUCUGUGUUGACAUUUGGAGCAUAUGAACAUCUUACAGACAAAAAAAAAACAACAACAUUUUUGUAAACCUUUGUUCUAUUUUGUGUAAAUCCUCAACAAACUACAGUACAGUCUGUGACACAUUAUGAGGUCUGUGAUUUCUACUUGGUGGUAAACUGUAAAUAAAUAUUUUUUUCUUUUUAUAUAAAACGA